CACCAGACGGUCACAGUGUCGAUAUCAGGAAUGAUGAACAGCCGCGCGCUUUGCCUCUACGUCGCGCUCCUCUACCCGAUCCCCAAAACAUUGACGGAAUACUCAACCAAUACUGACUCGGAGUACGAGUUUGGGGAUUACCGGGGCAAGUGGUGCUUAGACGACCACGGAUUUGUGUAUAGCAUCGGGGAAGUGUACAAUCCCAGUCCAUCUGCUUGUCCGUGCACCUGCACUGAAGACGGACCCGUGUGCAUACGACCCAAGUGUCCUCGCAUUCAUCCUCGAUGUACACGGAUUAAAUACAAGUCCUGCUGUCCAGUGUGUGAGGCAGUUAGCAAAGUGUGUGUAUAUGGUGGCAAAAUGUACAGAAUAUUCGAAGAAUUCAGGUUGUCACGCUGUGAGAGAUGUCGUUGUGAGUCCAACAGGGAGGUGUCCUGUUCCAUCUCUGACUGUCCUGCACCACACUGUGUCAACCCUACAUAUGAGCCCAACCACUGCUGUCCUGUCUGCUACACUGGGCCCAAUUGUUUUGUGGGCGACAGAGUGAUCUCGGCAGGGGAGCGAGUAGAGAUAGACAAGCAGACUGUGUGUUACUGCACCUACCGGGACAGCACCUGGCAGAUGCACCCCCAUGCCACCUGCGAGCAGCGCCCGCUGCCGGACCCCGAUCUCAACCCCAGCCCCUCUCAGCCCCCCGAGGAAGACGAGACCAAGCAGAUGGACAGGGACUUCCGCCCCAGGCUGGACUGGAUCCCGUGAGCAGGCAGGAGGCUGGGUGUGAGGGUAAUAGUGCGCCAAGGGGAAACGGGGAGAUGAUAGGGCAGGUUGUUUUCCGUGCCCUGCUGAGUGCAGUCUGCAUAGGGCUUAGGGCCAGGGAUGAUCUACUACACCACAUUAUACAACCACAAUAACAUUACUAGCUAGUAGUGUUUGUGCAACAUUAUAUAAAACUUUGCACACAGGAACAAUAUAUGGUGCACAUUAAAGACAAUACACAACUAUAACAUAUAGUUCUGUGAAAUUAAUUUGUCUCCAUUUUCCUUCACUUGCAGUAGUCUGGUUUUGUCAUCAAAGGGCUGGUGUAAGUGGACACUUAGAGAUGGUUGCAACAUUCACCCUUUUAUUAAUCUCAGGUUUACACUAGUGCACAUUAACGUUGCUCUGUGUAUUUCUUUGACUACUGUUGUUUCUUUAAUAACAUUGAUAUCCAUCUCAGAAUGGUUCUAACGCUGAAAUGGAAAUGUUCCUUUUUCUGUAUAAAUUGACUUGUAGUUCUAUGAAGUGUACCUGGACAUAUCAAAUAAA